GAGAGAUAGAGAGAGGUUCCCUGCCGUUGACCAAUCACAUAAGGGCGAGCACGUGACCACAAUAAACAGGAAAUGACUAUGCUCUGUCCUCUGUUGCUAUUUCAAUGCUCGACAGUUCGUAGGUUUGAGUCGAAGGAACAACAACGCAACAAAAAGGAGCGCGGUAGUGCUACAUAAAUGUAGUCAGAAAGUAUCGCAGUUUGACGGCGGAGGAAUGACGACACCACAGAGAAGAGCUCUGUGAUGAUCAGGAGAAAUGGGAGCAGCACUACUCACUUGGACAUGGUGACCGGCUGUAGUCAUGGACCCCACCACGUCCUCCACCUAUGUUUACGGCAGGGCCGCCGCUGUCGACCAGUUGGACGACUGGGAUCUCCUCCCCUCUGUGUCUGCUGGUUCUCUGAGUCAGGCGAUGUUCUACGAGGGCCAGGCUGUGGAGGAAAAAAGCAAAUUUAAAUCCAAGCUGGUUUCAGCAUGGAACAGCGUCAAAUAUGGCUGGACCAUGAAGCAGAAAUCCAAAUUUAACAAGGACUUGCCGCUCAUCAUGCUGGGGAAAACCUACAAUCUCAAAGAUAGCGGGGACAAGGAGCGUUUCCGCCGCUCCUUCGCGUCCUUCCUGUGGCUGACGUACAGACGGGGCUUCCCUCAGCUGCCGGGCUCCUCUCUGACCACAGACAGCGGUUGGGGGUGUGUUCUGCGUACUGGCCAGAUGCUGCUGGCUCAGGGCCUGCUCAUACACCUGAUGCCCGCAGACUGGACCUGGCCUGUGCGGUUCUCCGCCGUCAAGGAUGACCUGGACUUGCUCCACCCGGCCGACUGGACGGCAGGGGAAGUCGGGAGAAAGAGGGGCCGGAAGCUGAGCGUCGGCUCCCUCCUGGACAGACCCAUGGAAGCCACGCACAGGAGGGUGGUGGGCUGGUUCGCCGACCAUCCCACGGCCCCRUUCGGCAUACACACGCUGGURGAGCUGGGGCGAAGCUCGGGAAAGAAGGCCGGCGACUGGUACGGCCCGUCCAUCGUGGCUCACAUCCUGAAGAAAGCUGUGGCGGCUUCAGUGGAUCUCCCCAACCUGGUCAUUUAUGUUGCACAAGACUGCACCAUCUACCUCCAGGAUGUCAGAGGGCUGUGUGAGCGGCCGCUCCCUCAGAGCUGGAAGUCCGUCRUCGUCCUGGUUCCUGUCCGGCUCGGAGGACAGGAGCUCAAUCCCUCCUACAUCACCUGCAUCAAAAAACUUCUGAUGCUGMGGUGCUGCAUCGGGAUCAUUGGUGGCAAACCAAAGCACUCGUUGUUCUUCGUUGGCUUCCAGGAUGACCAUCUGCUGUACUUAGACCCUCACUACUGCCAGCCUGCAGUGAACAUAAAAAAUGACAACUUUCCCUUAGAGUCGUUUCACUGUAAGCAUCCCAGGAAAAUGGCCUUUUCCCGCAUGGAUCCCAGCUGUACCAUAGGAUUUUAUGCAAAAGGUCAAAAUGAGUUUGAGCUCAUGUGCGCAGCUGUGAACGAGCAACCACUCCGCUGUGCAAAACACCUGGGUGGACCUAGCUCCGCCUUCGAGACAAACUCCUCCCCUGACAGAGCAGCAGUCCCCAUGACUCCCCCACUCAGCUCCUUCAAACUAGCCAUCAAGGCUGUCUCCACAUCAGUAGAGACGUACCCCAUGUUUAUAUUCUCCGAGGAGAAGCGUCGGGACGUGGAGGAGGAAAUCAUCAGCAGCAUCACUUGCAUCCAGAGAAACGGCGAACCGAAUAACGAGGACAGCAACAGCAUGGACGAGUUUGUUCUGAUAUGAACAAGAAAUUGAGGUGAUGGGCUUUUUGUCUGUUUUGCGUCUGUGUGGAAACCGGUGAGGAUUCGCAAUCUCCCGUCUUCGACGAGCUUGCAGGACUCAGUUGGGAACACACAGGUUCAGCAAAUAUGAACUGACCAGGUUUUAGUCGCCUCUCUGCUGUAUUUUUAUCUGUGUUUUGUGCGUCUUUGAAAUUGUAUUUAUUCCAAAUAAAGAAUAUUUGCAUUCAUUCCUUUUAGCAGACAAGCUCAGAGGAACAAAAGUGUCGACAAAAGGGAAGCGCCACAGUGCAAUGUGUGUGUUUUGUGCUCAUGUGGAUAGAUGAGCUGCUCUCUACAUGGACUGGAAAAGCGGAUUUCUAAAUGUUGAUUUAUGACCCUAUUUGAAUUUAAGCAAAAUAAUAAAACAUGCUCUCUAAAUGUA